UUAACCAUUUUUGAAUUGAACAUAUAUAGUCUGAACUUGAACGAAUACAUCUUGGUUCAUUCAAUCAACGGCUAUCUUCUUUCCAAUAACUCAGCUAAUCAAAUCUACACAAUCAAACAAAACAGCUAAGACUUAAAUUUCUUAUUCGAUCGGUCGAAACAUGAAGUUUUUCUCAAUUUUAAGGUGCCUUCCAUCAUUGGCAAGGAAUUAUCCUGCAGAGAGAGAUCCAGUUUUUCAAUGCAUCGCAAGCUUAUGCGGCCCCAAAGGAAGGAUCCAUCUUCAAGCUAUGUAAAACAUAUUAGCCCUCGAUCAUUUUCGAAAGGCCAACAAUGGCCUCCCUCGGCAGCAGGACAUUCCGUAAGUACAACUCCCAGUGCAUAUCAACCAUACGGCUUACAAGAAGAUAUCGAAUGGGCAAUUCAUGUGGCACUUAACGAGCUUGGAGGUUUUCAAAGGAAUUGUGAAUAUUUAACGAACCAAUUGGGUAAAGAAGACUCAAAAUCGUUACUAGACGUUAAUCACCAUCUGGAGGCAUGUUUUUACUAUUACUUUAAUGUUUAGUUCCUUUAUUUCAUGUAGUCCCUCGGUUCCUUAUUGUUUGUUACAUUU